AUAAUUGAAAUGGCGCAUUUGGCUGCAGGCAGGUUGUGAGGGCGCUUUCUGCAGCAGCAUGCAUGCAUGUCCACGGACGUCAUUUGAUUUUAAUGGCCUGCAGGAAAUUUGGCGUUACAACUCCAGACAUUAAGGCAAGAGAGAAAGAGAGGGAGAGAGAGGGAGAGACAGAGGGAGCGGGGACACAGGGGGAAAAAUCACCGCAUGAAAAAAGAUAUUGGUUCAAGGAUAUCUCUUCAUUUUCUACAUAUUUUUCCUGCCGGGACUUUAUCAACAAGUUACUGCGCCUUUAUUGCAUGUAGCCUGAGUGGAGGACUAUGGCAGCUCGCCUGGUUUGAAAACUUUACAUUCAGACUGGAGAUGGAGAUGGAAAUGUGUGCCUACUAGCUGGAACUGCCUGGGGAGCUGUUACAUCAGACGAAGUGACAAUGAUUAAAAUCUGCUUUUUGCUGCUUUAAAUCUAUUGAGCGACUAACAGUUGCCGGUUAGGUUUCCUUAACCCCCUUUAAAUCACAACUUCACAACGAUCUACUUUCACAGGGGGAAAAAAGAAAAUAAGAUAAGUUAUUAAAUCUGUACAGUCAUAAUUUCGGGAGUAGAGGGGUAUCACGUUUUCUUCCUUGAGAAAAUUGCCUGGGCGAGAGAGUGGAGUUGAGCUAAUUGUAGCCUAAUCCCUGGCCCAGAGGCGCUUGGGCAGCCCGGAGCGAGAAUUUUCUUUUUUAGCUCUGCUCUGUUAUUUAGAGACGGAUUAUUGGCUUUCUUCUUCUCAUAACAAACCACAGGGGCAGUUUCAUUUAGGCAAAAAAGCAGACAAGAAGCCGAAAUACGAAGCAGGAUUCCAACAAGAGCGCACAUUUUUACGCGUAUCCAAAUAAGAGCACAGAAGGGGAAGGAGAUCAUCUCAUCUAUGUACAAGGUAAGGACGCUUCCUGUGCGCUUUGGUACAAAGAAGCUCGCUGAGGACAGGUCGAGGCAGCCUUGCCAUAGAGCCUUUAAAGCCACAGAGACUCUUUACAGGCAGUCCAUCCCGGCCGCAGCCUUGUAGUGUCUUUUAAAAGCAGUUUAGUUCGGGAUACAGAGCAGAGACUUGGCUGUACCGUGCGGCAGUAGGGACAGUAUAGUAGAUCCGUGCUGGAGCUGGAUGCUGCUGUAGUUGUACCUCAAACUCGGGGAGAUAUUAUUUGAAUUUUUCGGGGGUUACGCGGACAGCAGCUGGGACUGACCGCCGGCACGGAUUUCCUCUGGACUCCUUACAAUGUUUGAAACGGUAGGGUGGCGAAUUUAUCUUUACAGAAUGCUUUAUUUUUACGCACAGACAGAGCAGGCUCAAUCUGGGCAGUUUUCAAUGAGUCUAGUCGAACAGGAAAAGAGUAACGCGAAUACAGCUCGAUUCAAAGUGAGGUUUUCGUAAAUGCUACAGAAGUGGACCGCACAUGUGUGGAUUUUUAGCGGAAGGCGAAUUACACGUGUUGGGAUUAUGCUUUUAAUUGCACCGCAGGAAUAAGACGCCAUAUUGAGCAUUUGGUAGAAUUAAAAGGCAGAGCGCAGGCUUGUAGUGGCCGUGUACAGCAGGAUGUAGCAUCGGGGGUUUUGUUUCUACCCAAACGUUUUGGUUAUGUGGUUAUCUUUAUUUUAGAUUACGGGGGUCAUUUAUGAGGAUUUCAUGAGUUUGGGAUGGGCUUCAACGCUUGAACAUGACGAGGUGAGGGAGGCAGGAGAAAGUUGAUGUCUCUACAGCGGCUGUGGUUUUGUGGAGGAAUUUAUCAUACAUGGCAUGUGUGUGUGUGUGUGUGUGUGUGUGUGUGUGUGUGUGUGUGUGUGUGUGUGUGCGUGUGUGUUUGUUGUGUGUGAGGGGGGGCACAGAGAGAGAAAGGGGGUUUAUAAGACACAGAAAGUUGAGCUGACUGAAAAUCUGUGAUUGAUUUGGCGAAACCAAAGAUUUAUGAGUCCGUUUUGUACCAUAUGUGCCUUUUCAUCUGUCCAUGAACAUCUUAAUUUAAUUUGUUAAUUGAUUGGUUGGUUGGGGGAAAGAGAGAGAGAGAUGUGGAGAGGGAGUCUGUUGGCGUGUGUGUGUUUAAGUGUGUAAGGGUGAGUGUGUGUGUGUGUGUCACCGGCAGUAGGGCAGCUCUAUGAACCCUAAACUUCUCAAGUCCUUCCAAGUUUUUUCCUCUUUCCUGGGAUUUGAAAUGUAAUCCCGUCCUCCUGUAAUCGUAUUAAACGAACACGAUACUGCUGUGAGGCGGGAAACACCGUGUGAAAAAAAAAGCUUCAGUCUCUUUUUGUACCCAGCGGGCUCUUCUCUCAGGGCCGGGGAACUGAUCCGGACUUUCACUGAGGCCUUCAGUUCACCAGUGCUGACAGUAAAACUGACACUAUGCGCAAAAUAACUUGAGUUUUCUUGAGUGUGAUGUUUCUUUUUAUCUAGUGACUUUAAAUCCAUAUGAAUAGAUUGUGGAAUUGUGGAUAUGAAUCAAAGUUUGGGGGGAUUUUUACCAAAUGUCUUUAUUUGGCGUAAAGCCUGAGGGGGAAACUGCGCAUCACUGUCAGGGGUCGUCAUGCGUAAGUGCCAGACAACAAGAAAGGUCUUGUUAAAGUUUAAAAACACUUGGAUUCGUUCUCUUGUUGUAGAUCAUUCCCAGUAUUUGUAAAAAUAUAAUUAUAUAUAUAGGCCUUCUACUUCUAUCAUUUAUACAAGAAAGAGUAACACUGGCAUGUGCCCGGUCUGAGAUGAGGUGGUUUACCUGCUGCUGUUGGCAAAACAAAUUACGCACAGUGAGCUGGAUAUUUACGCUCGAGAAUCAAAUGGCAACAUAACCAAGUGGAUUUUCUUCUAUAUUUUUACAGCUAGACAGACUCAGCUCUGUGACCUCAGGGUGCCCCCCGAAAUCUCCCUAUAAUCUUCGCCCCAAAAACUUCUGCGCAAUUCAUGAUUUCUUUUUCCAAAGCUACAUGAAACCUGCUCUUUCUGAAAUCAGAUUUUUACGCGUGAUUCGUGUUCUUUCUGGUGUGCCAAUAGUGCAAUAAGUAAGUACACGACAAGCCAUCACCUUCUUUUGUUUUGAAUGUGUGGGCUAAGACGAAAAGUUGCCCCCCUCGCCUCCUUCUCCCCCUCCUCCCCCCUCCACGCUUCGUGUUUUCCUUGCUCUCAGAUUGGUGCUUGGUGUGUCUGGGCGCAUCACGUCUAACACAUAAGGCGACCUUUAAUUAGAAUAUUGCAGCAGCAGUUUGUUUUAUUCCCCUGGAGGCUGACACCUAGCAUUCCUCCUUCUCUUCUUCUCUUCCUCCCCCUCUUUCUCUCUCUCUCUCUCUCUGUCUUUCUAUCUGUCUGUCCAUCUCUCUUUCUCCUUCUCUCUCUCUCUCUCGCUCGCUCUCUCUCUCUAAUAAGCAUCCUCCUAUCCUCGCCUCCGGUGCUGCAUGAAAAGAUGCAAACAUACUUAAUUAGAGCGGUGGCAAUAAUUUCCAGGCUAAAUAUGCGACCAGACAGACAUGGAAGUGAUCUGAUAGCACCCAGAGAGGAAACUACCUGCUUCCCUGUGUAGGAUCACUCUGUGUGUUCUUUUUUCCCCUUUAUUCUUCUUUAGUUUGAUUCCCAUGGCUUUUCUCUACACUUGCUUUCAGGAGGGAAGAAGCAUGUCACGGCUGUCUCUGACCCGGUCCCCGGUCUCUCCCCUGGCCGCUCAGGGGAUCCCUCUGCCGGCUCAGCUGACCAAGGCGAACGCCCCGGUGCACAUCGACGUCGGGGGACACAUGUACACCAGCAGCCUGGCGACACUCACCAAGUUCCCGGACUCAAGGUAAGACACAUGCUUGGACCUUGCUGCAUGAGUAAAUAUAUAACCUGAUUUAUUUUAUGAAUAAAAAAGUCAGUAUUGUGGGAUUUUUCUUAAGGUUUGCAGGAGAUUAGUUGGAUUUACAUCUUGCUGCUUUUGAUCUAAAUGUGAGGGAGUUAUUUAUUUAGUGACCUUUUUCAUUAUAAAGCGAAGUUUCUAAUUAAAUCUUCAAUUAUGAUCAGCUGACAUCUCUAUUUAUUAGCUUAUCAAAACAUUUCAGUCAUUAAAUCCACUCUGUCGUUAUAUGACUGCUGCUUCUCUUAAUUGGAUUUUUAAUGUUAACAAGCCAUUUAGCUGGCUGGCAUCAGGACAACAUCAACACAACUUCCUCACUGACAACUGCUAAUAUCUUUUCAGAGCAUGUGGUGACGUUUGUCUUCAGUCAUUAUGAUUUCUCUGGCAUAGCUUUCAAAGUGAUCAAUUUGAUUGUUUUGUUUGUUUCGGUCCUGAUUAUUUUAAUUGUUUAAUAAAUACCUCGGGGGGCUUUUAUUUCGUUAUCUGCUCUCACACUAUUUGAAAAUUCAGCUGCUGUCAAGCUGCAAAGAGUGCUGUAGCGCUCAGAUGCUGAUUUAAAUGCUGGUGUGGAUUUACACAUCACACAAACAUUUCUGUGUGCACUACACCCACUUUCACACCAUCUUUUUUUUUUUCUCUUUUUGGUCAGUCGUUCAGAGGGAGAGCUUGGACGAAAAAUACUGACGCAAAUGCUCAGAUUCCAGCCUAAGUGGGGCAUAUCUGCCCAAAACUAGUAAAAUUAUGUGUCACAUAUUGAUUUUAUGACUUUUGUGAAAUUUGAAAACCACCAUCAGCUCUGAUUUAAUCCACUAUUUAUGAUCCGAGAUGUGGCUUUAGAAAAACAUGCAUUAAACUCUUUUUUUCUGCUCUUCAUUUUAGAGAAAAAGUAUAAUAUUUUUCUGAAACAGUUUAUGGUGCAGUUUAACUUGAGCUAAGAGGGACUCCUGCUCUCUCACGCAGAGCAAACAGGUAUUUUAUUUUUGUUGCACAUCCUUUGCAACUUUAGUCAUCAUGAUUCAGAUUGUGUAAGAGCUGUUUUUAUUUAAUCCGCCCUCCCACUUUAUUCACGUUUUUAGCUCCUUCCACAAACAGGAUGACACCACCGCAGGUAGCUCUGCUGGAAAACAAACACACCUCUGAUAAAGAAACGCAGGAACGUCUCUGUUCUGAAUUUCUCCCAUUUUGUAGAUUCUUCUUUUCAAACGCACUGUUAUUCAUGACAUUAUACAGUCUUCGAUUGUGCGUUGCUGACAGAGUCCCAUGUGGGCCAAGGUAAACAUUCACCAGGUUGUUAGAAAAUCUGCCAAAUUGGCUACAGGAAACAAUCCACAUAAUCCCAGGGUAAUAAAGUCUUGAUAUUGUUGGAGUCCGCUGACAGGAAAUCCCUGACAGCUCUGCUUUUAUUCCUGAGUCUAACACGUCAUGAGAAACUGAGGCUGCUCUUAGACGAGGCUCUCUGAUAUUAAGAUGAUUUUUUUCUGCUCACUUUGUUGGUGCUGUGUUACGUUUCAACAUUUUUCUUCAAUCAAACAAGCCAGUGUUAUUUUUUUUUUAAAUCAGAUUUUUCAAAGCUGUUGGAGUCAAUUUUCUUCUGCUUCAAAACACGUUCAAAGAUGGUUUUAACCUGCUGUUUAAAGAGUAAUUCUUACUAAGGAUUUGGGAAUCACUAUUGUGUAUCUGUAUUUGUGCAGCUUUACACUUCACAGGGCUAUAUUCAUAGAGGGACACACACAGGGCAGCAUGUAAAUGGAGCAGAGAGUCAUGUCAGAGCAGCAAACAGUGUUUCUACAGUGAGAGUACAGAGCGGAUACCAGUGUGAGCGUUGGUUGGAGUGCUCUCCCUCUCUCUGUCCUCUCUCUCUCUCUUUUUCUUUUUCACACAUGCUCCUUUGCUCCCUCUCUCUAUCUCUCUCUCCGUCUCUUUCUGUUCCUUUCUCACUCUGAAUCACACACACACACACACAUGCAUACACUCACUGUUUCUCUCUUUCUCUCAGCCUCCUCAGUGUACAGUUGGCCUCGGGGCUCCACUUUCCGCUGGAGCCAGUGUAAGGAGGGGCCCUUUUGUGUGAAUUAGGAUAAUGGCUGACAGCAGAAAGCAAAACAAUUACACUGGCAUCGCCGCAUAUACGCCGUGUUUCGGCCACGUCCUCCCAAAGCAGGGCACGCUGACACAACAUCGAAAAACGUGACGGCUAAAAAGAGCAGGGUUAAAGAGUUUAAAGUCGAUGAUUACUUUUAAUAGAUUGUCCCCUAAAUAAUGCAGCGUGCCAAGAGAAAGUUAGUCUAGUAACUAAUGUGUGGUGAUUCAUCUUCCUCUGUGCGGGCCAUAUUAAGGGACAGGGGUCAUGAAACAUUGAUGCUGGCUCUGUGUGGCUCUCACAGAGGACAGUCGCAGUAGUCACUUGAACAGAAGCUGAGGAAAUUAGGGGGAAAUGUUCCACAGACAAGGAAACUAUUUUGAAAGGACCACUGGACAUUUUUCUCUUUGAAGACGAGCCUCUGUGUCCAGAGACGAUAGAUCUUCACUGACUUCAUGCUCCUUCAUUUAGAGUUCCCCUACUUCUUAUAGCUUCACUUUCUGCCAGCUGAAACCAUCACCUUUAACAGGGCAAACAAAAUCCAACUACUUACUAAAUCUCAGUUUGAAAUAUUAUUCUUGUCAACUUUUGUUUGGAUUUGGUUUCACUGUUCGAGACCUUUCUGCUGUUGUUAACACGGCCUUGGGUGUUUUGGGCCCUGUAACCCUUAUACAACCAAAGCAUAUGACAAAACCCCCAUGGGCGUGCAGACUGAAACAAAAAGUUCAUAACAAAGAACUGUAAAGCAAGAAUGCAUGCACUGAAGACUCACUUUAAUCUCAAAAUACUUGACUUUGUGCAAAUAUGUUUGGGAAAUGUUGGUCUACGAAAAAACCUCGACUGAAUCGGCUCAAACAUGAAGGAAAAUUUUUAGUUUCUUCUCUAGGAAGUAGGGCUGGGUGAUAUGGCGUCAAAUCAAUAUCACGAUAUAUUGAGCAGUUCACCUCGAUAAUGUUAAAUGGACAAUAACUACUUCACAAGCUGCUCACCCCCUCCCACAUUAACUUUGUCUACUUCAGCCGCUACAACUUUUGAACCGUCCUUCAUCUCCUCACCUGUCUUUCGCUCUUUAUCACGGACUAGAUGACGUAGGACAGAGUCUUAAAAGAACAUGAGACCAUAGCCUACAUCCAAAAACAACUUUUAUUUAUUUAUUUUUUUGACACAGAAUAAACCAAUAUGGGCAAAAUGGUUAUUGUCGUAAAUUUCAGUAUUUAGCCCUACUAUGAAGUCAGAUAUCAACACCAAAAAACAAAGACUGUGUGUAUGUUAGGACAAUCAAAUGAGCAAAAAUUGAAAAAUAUCGUCAUGUUUAAUACACUUGCAAAAUCAGACCCAGGAGCCAAACUGUAGUUGAGUCAAUUGGUCAGUGGUGUGGUUGUACGAUCCAGAUUUUGAAGACGGUUUAGGAGUCUUUUAUGCCACUUGAAACUUUUUAGUUAUCUUGAAGUUAAGGCAGCUGCUUGACUUCUUUCUUAAAACAGUAAACAUGAAAUUAUGGAGUAAAUAAAUUGUUGUACCUUCACACAAAUAGUCAAAUUAUAUAACUGAUUAUUUAUAUGGUAUGGUAUCCUGGUAUUAUUAUGUUUUUUAACAGAAUAGCUCUUGAAAUACUGUGACCAAUAUUAUCACUUCAUGUAAACAAAACAUGUAAAGUUAAUGUAAUUGUCUGUGUGGAGCUUUAUGUCAUAGAAAUACACAUUGUGAACUAAUGUUCGACCACAACCAGAAGAUUAGAGAGUAGAUUUUUAAAUUUAGGCUCAUAAAGUCAGAAGUCAGAAUAUCAGAAUUUUAAGGUUGUGAAAAUAUGAAGUUGUUCUAUUAUGAGGUUGAAUUUGUAUGAGAUUUUAAUAUUGGAAGAAUAAAGUUAUAGUAUUAAGAGAUGAAAGUGGAAAUCUCUUGAGUUUACAGUCAUGAUAUAAAAGAAUUAAGUUGUUUCUUACUAGAGCAAAGUUACAAUAUAACAGGAUUUAAAGUCCUCAUCUUAUAAUAAGGAUGUAAUUUUAAGAGACAGAAGUCGUAAUUACAGGUUUUGGUUUGGUUGCAGAAUUGAGCGCAAGCUACCUGCUAGCUUUCUUGCCUUUAUAACAGACUCAGUUUGUCACACAAUCAGCUCAGUAUACUGAUGACACCAUGGUGCUGAUGUGCUGAAAGAUGAAAUGUUUAAUUCUUAUGAUAUUUAUAUUAAAGUAUAAGUUCAAAGAAUGCUCCAUGGUUCUCGAUUUAGAUCAGAUGGCUUCAGGCUGUUCCUCUGAUCCGUCCCUUCAAAGCAGCUGAUCGGCUAACCUCCGAUUACGACUUUUUACUCAUAAAUCUAUAACUUUGUUCUUGAAAUAUUAUGACUUAAGCCUCCGUUUUUUUCAUAGUGGUCUAAUGCUCUUGCCAAUUUGCAAUCAGUUAAUCUGUGAAUUACGUUCACAAUCAAUCAGUUAUUUGAUCACAUGCACAUAUUUAAAUUGAUACUUUUGUCAAACCAACAGAUUAAAUUUAAAGACAUUUCAAUCUCAGAAAGAGAAAACACUGUUCCUCUAAGGCAAGGUGCCAAAAACCUGCAAAUUUGAUCAUUUUUCAUUUCUAAAUCUCUAAAACUGAACUGUAAAAAUAUUGUUUACUGCAUAUUAUUUGCAAUUUUUUAAAAAUUAAUAAAGUGUUACUCUAAAGCCUGAUUAAACAGUUUUAAAUAAAAAUAAAAAUGCCAGAUUUUACCACCUGUCAUUCAUUCAUUCAUGGAGGAGGAUUAUUCUGACCUCUUACAGCUUCAGAAAGGUCUCAGCCAAUCAGAUAAGAGUCUGCUGUUAAACGCCAGGCUCCCUCCUCACUUAAAACGUACAUUUUAACAACAAGCUGGUCAGAGAUCGCUGGCUGUGUUGGUUGGACUCUGCAGGGAUCUGCUGUGUGUCCUGUAUUUAUUAGUCCUCUGUCAGUAUUAGAUCUGUUGUAAUACGAUCACAGAUACCUGCGCUGCGUCCCCCUCCCCUGCCGCCUCCUAAAGACACGUAUCUCCAGCAGCUCGGAGCCACUGUGGCUGCUGCUGCUGCUGCUGCAGAGAGCAUCCCUGCCAGAUAUUGCCCACCUCCCUUGCCCUGCUGCCUGCCCUCACUUGGCAGGGCUGGGGUGGGAGAUCUGAGCUGUUCCUGUCCUUGGUAACCUCCCACACCCACCACCUCCCCCUCUCCCUAAACCUUUCACUCUCUGUCUUUCUAUGGAGCUCUGUCAUGGCUGCUUUUCUCCUACUCUCCAUCUCUCUCUGUCUUCCAAUCACAGUCGGUUUUACUUUAGUCCUCUACUGAUUUGUCUUUUCUCCUUUAUCUCUGCUCUUUCUUCUCUCUCUUUGUCUUUAGGCCCUUCUGUUUAUGUAUCUUCUCUUUUAAUUUUCCACAUAUCCCCCCCUCCACACACACACACACGCUCACCCUCAUCUCUCUCCCUACCUGUUAAAAACACCCCCACCCCUUCAAUUCAGGGAUUCAACAGAAAGUGAAAAAGAAAAAAAAGAGAGAAGACCAACAGAGAAAGAGGGAGAGAGAGAGAGAGAGAGAGAGAGUGAAGGGAGCAGAAGAGAGGGAAAGAAAAAGAAAAACAGGCAGCAUUUUAAUUGCUUUUUAAAAAAGUGGAGAUGAAAAACAGAGUUAGCCUGGAGGGGUAUGGUGAAAUUCUAGCUGGAAGAAUUGCAAGACCAUAUGAGAAAGGAACACCUCGGGCGAAACAGGGAGAUGAGUAUUGGUUUUUUAUAAAGCAUUUUGCAUCGAUUUCCAGAGAGAAAGCGAGUAAGGGAGAAGGAUGGAGACAGGGAGGGAAAGAAAGAAAGAAAAAGAGAAAGAAAGAAAGACAGAAAGAGAGGAAGGAUGGCGGGGGGCGAGGGAGGGAGGGAGGAAGAGCCAUCUUUGCUCAGCUUCUUCACACAGUCAAGUCAAAGAGAGAGGAACAGGGUGGGUUUGACACGAGAGCGUCAGUGUGUUGAGCCGAUACAGCGGGGUCAGGAGAUACCUGAUAUGAGCUUUAAACACAAGCUCUCGCACUUUGACAAAAAGCCGUGUUGUAACUGUAAAUCCAGUGAAAUGAGUCUGUGUGUGUGUGUGUUUGUGUGUUUGUGUGUGUGUGAGCCGGCCCUGCUGUUUCUUCAUUGACAUUCCCUCUGCGGCUCUCUCAGUCUGUCCUCUAAUAGAGUUUGACAAUGCCGGUGCUCAGGCGGUGCUGCAUGUGUGUGUGUGUGUUUGUGUGUGUCGGUUUGCAAAUAGGUUUCACAAUUUUCUUUGUCAUACAACUUUGUCAGUCGCCAAAGAAGCUGUUACUGUAUUUAAAGAGCUGAUUGCAUCAAUAUAAUGAUGAUAGCAGCAGCGAUGCAGCGCCCCGCCAAGAGCUGUUUCUGCAGGAAGACGGCAGAGAUGUGCAGCAAAACUGUUCAGGAGGUUUUUCGUUCAACACAUUUCUUCUGUAAAUCACUGCUAAAACUUGUUUGCAGUACACAGGCAGUCCUAGUUUCUCUGCUGAGGGGGAUGUAAAUCCAGUUUCAGGAUAAGCCACGAAAUUAAAGCAAAAAGUAAGUGUAGUAAAGUUACAUUAAUGAAGCUUUUCGGAGUUGAACAAACACUCCACUGUGGCUUUAAUAUUUUAGGAAUGCUCCGAAAGUAUCUUUAAUAAUUCAUCAGGGAUAUUUAGCAUGUGCAAAUGAACAAACAGAUAGAGUGGAGGUGCCGCGAUUAAGCUCUUCAACAAGCGAGAAGGAGGGACCUGCAGGUAAAUGACAGGAAAACCGCAUAAAGACAAGAGGAAAUGAAUAUCUGUCCAAGGAUAUCUGGAGGCGCAGCGGGGGAUGUGGAGUGAUCAAUGUUUAAAGAUAACAGCAAUUUCCACUCUUUGCUGUGAUGAGCCCCCGUAGCCAAUGUAGAGCAAGACCCUCAAUCUUACAGUAAGGUCGUGAAAGAGUUAAAAGUGGGACUUUACAGGCAGCAACAAGUGUCUUUAUUUAAGUGUCAGUAUUUGCAAACAGCUCAAACACAUGCGUCUGAUGUUGGUGUUAAAUCAAUUGUUGUCUUCCUUUUAGGAGAAAAUUACUGUCAUAUAUUUUUGUUCAGCCGUAGUUUCCUUCUUUGUUCACUCGUCUUUGCUUUUCUUUUAAAUAUGGACCUCGUUAGUCAUUAAAAUUAGAGCCCACCACACCAAAAUGAAAUUCAACACAUUUCUUAGGAUGACACGAUGAUGUAGAGACAUGUCUGGUCCUGAAAAGUGGGUCCUUAACAACAAACAGACAUUUGAAAAGUCGUUUAAAAAACAUGUGCCUGACUGGGGUAAGAGUUAUUGAUUGUUUGAGAUGAAAGAAGUAAUUUCAUAAAGUUAGCACAGUGUCAGACUAGAUGUAUUUGUCUUCACACAAACCUUUAUAAUUAGAGCAUAUAAUGUUGGCAGACUGUGAUUCAUAUGAACCAAAUACAGAGCAUGUGGUAGAAAUAACCACAAACUAUAACUGUGUUUUAAGUAUGGCAUACAGUAGGGCUGCAGCUGUCCAAAUCCCUCCAACAUUCAUAACAAAAUCAAACAGAAAAAGUAAAACAUUUUCUCCAGAUGUCCUCCUCACAUUAGUAUGUAGCCCUCCCUCCACCGUUUCCUACCUCUGUUUCAUUUCCAGCCCUCUGACAGAUGGAAUAAUAGAGCUGUAAUGCUACAUUCAUGCCAUUAAUUUCUGUAAGUACAAGCAGCGAGCGUGUGUGUGUUGUUAUAAUCUUUCUGCAGAAGGGACACUUCAAACAAGUCUGGAAUGGAGGAACGAUGCCUUAAGCCCCUUGUUUCAACCUGGGAUGCUAAUGCAUUUCAAGCUUAGUGCUAAUAAAAUUGAAAAAUAAAUGGAGGGUAAUUGUUUCAUGCAUUUGAAGGGAGCUGGCUCAUUCCAUUUUGUGUGUGUAUGUGUGUGUGUGUGCGCAUGGCUUCCUGUGUGUGUGCGUGCGUGUUUGUGUGUAUUUCAAUUUUCAGAAUCAGUCGUCUGUUCAAUGGCACCGAGCCCAUCGUGUUGGACAGCUUGAAGCAGCACUACUUCAUAGAUCGGGACGGCGAGAUAUUCCGCUACAUUCUCAGUUUCCUCAGGACCAGCAAAUUGCUCCUUCCAGAUGACUUCAAGGUACAUAUCUGCAACACAACAUACUGUAUUGUGUGCACCAUCAGCUCACACAGCCUGAGCAACAUCACAACAUAAUAAAAAAAAAACUUGGGUACAUAAAGCCAUCUGUGUAGAGACACUGUAGCUUUGUGUGUGAAACUCCAGAUUUUUCUCCAGAUAAUACUCCAAAGUGUGAAUAUGUUAGUGUUUAUUCAUGUUUUCUGUCCUCUCAGGGGUUGGAUGUUUUCAAAAUAAAACCACUAGAGAUUUCUGUUCUCACAAUGCCUCACAUGGACUCCCCCUCCUCUUAUUCAACACAUUAAUUACCUGUAGUGUAAGCAGGACGAGUAAUUAAGAAACUUUGAAAUAUGGAGCACACUGCGAUGGCAGUGGCGUGGAGGUAAAAUGCUAACUGGCUAACUGGAGCACGGCCUGGUGAUGUGUGUGCCAAAGCCCUGAGCUGUUGUUUUUCACCCAGAGUAGUUUGUAAAGAGGUGAGCCCAGGUGAAAUAGCCUGCACUCCCCUAUGAUCCACAGCACUCUGAUGGCCAACUCCAACACAGAGAGAGAGUCUCUCUGGCAUCCACAGGGAGAGCAGCACCCAGCAUGUUUCUGCAGUUUAAUACUCACAAACAUGCCCCAGUAAAAAUGGUAUCCAUGUAGACUCUAUAUAUGUGCCGUGGUCAUUAUAAAUAACUGCGACUAUUCAUGUUUAGGGGUCUGGAGGAGUUAAUCCUGGACCAAGAGAGAGAGUGUAAUGUCCAUUAUCAUCUAAGUGUAGAGAGGAUUUAACUGAAAAACAUGUGCCACUGAUCAGACAUUUAUAUUUAUUUGGUUUUUGUAUUAUGAGUAAUGUUCAAGUUCAUUCUCGAGUAAACAGCGACUUUCCAUUUAAGUAAUUAAAAAUAAAGAUAUUUACGUGUUUAAAAUGUUGGAGAAUGUGUAGCAGAUUUAUCAGACGCAGAUUAUAAUUUGCAUUACUCUGAAGUUGAGCUGCCGUUAUAUGAUAUUUUCACUUUAUGAUUACCAAGGCCACCCAAAAAAUUUUAUUAUCACAAUAUCUUUGAAAAACUUGGAAAAAUGCCGUCAAAGAAAUUUAAGAAGGGUAGAAAAGUGUUACUUAAUGAACUUUGCUCAACAGUCUUGUGACAGAAACCUCUAGAGAAGAGACGGCCUCAUAAAACGGUUGUUAGUGAUGCUUUAAUUUUGACAGCUUUACUGUCUAGCCUUUAAACUGCUUCUUUUUUUUUUCUCCAAGUGACAAAACUAAGAACAAAGAUUAGAAAGAUCAGAAAGUGUAAAGUACCAAAGAGGCACAAACUCUUUAGUUGUUUUUUAAUUUGAAAUAAAUCUUUGAACAUCAGUUUUUAAAGUGCCUGAACAUUUUUUGGAGGGCUGCUACGGUUAGCUGGCGAGAAGCUACUUCUUCUUCUUCUUCUUCUUCUUCUUCUGCUUCUUCUUCCCUCUCUUUUAUGGCAUGUGGGAAACUAGCAAUGCCUCCCAACUACUUACACAGUAUUACACUUUUUUUAAAGCUCAAUAUCAAUAUCUUGUUUUUGAUUUAAAAGAUGGCAUUCAUUUAAGUGUAUGUUGUCACAGCCCUACUUUAAAGUCACAUUUCUGGCCUCUACCUAAAUAUAAGAUAAAAACAGUGAUUCAAACCGUGUUUCACAUAAGAAAUCAAACAAUUGCAGCCCUAGUUGUUAACAAAUGUACAGCAUAUAGAGACACAACUAUCAUGAUCAAAGCAUAUCCCCUACUCUCUAUGCCCAUAUGCUAUCUCUCUUCUGAUGGCUACCCAAUACAGGCAAGACGGCCUUCAAAGAUUACUCAUAAAAAGGACCAUGACCUCCAAACACCUUGUUUGGUAAAUCUGGUCUCUGGUAAAUGAAGUGCCCAUAGCAUAGACACAAUAACAGUAUAAAUUCAUGUAAGUCGCUGUUUGGCUCAUGAUUUUUUAUAUUUCUGCGAUAAUCUUCGCCAAACAUAGUGACACAAAGCAGUGCCAUUAUAUAGAGAUUGCUAAAAUAAGUCACUUUUGCGUCUUACUUUUUACGUACUCAAUGUAUCAAUAGCUUCAUAUGAAAAUCUUAUCUGAAUAGUUUUGGUACCUAAAUCUGACCAAAUGAUGACUAUUUCACAACAACACUCAACAUGUUGCCUCAAAGUAAUGCAGUAUUUCUGUCAGACUAAACUGGAUUACUCUCUAAUUGUGCGUCUCUACAGGACGUGCCUUUAAGAUUACACAAAGUCAGUUAACCUAUUGAUGAAAUAGAAAUAUGGUUAGUGCAGAUUAUAACCAAUCUUAAGGUUUUACCAGCAGGUUAGUCACGCGGCACAGAGGUGUCCACACAACUGGAGUGGCUUUGUUAGAGUCAUUACAUAUUCUGCCUUCAGCUCCGUCAUGUUCAAGGUUUUAUUCAGUGCUGCUCCUUCCUAGGUGUAUUCUAUUCUUUGCUUCUACUCCACCUUAACUUGCGUGACCUUUCCACCGGGCUGCCGUUUGUUCAUCAUUCUCUACAAGGAAACAAGGCGAGGCCGAGCCACACAGAGCCGGGGGCAAACUCUCCGGGCCUCACGGAUAGUCUGAACGAGAGCCAAACCUCAGACAACAGAACAAGACAUGAAAGCGCUGCAUAUUUUCAGCAAAUGAUGGCCUGACUCAGUGGCGAUUAGUUUUUCUCUUCCUAUUCAUGCUUUUUCCCUCCCUUUUCUGUGAAGUCUUGACAGUCCAAUCAGGCACAGUGGUUGAGGAAAUGCAUUGGACCUCAUUGUUUCAACUCAUUACGAUCCCCUCGCAUAAGCCCGUGUUGAUCUGCAUACCUUUCAAUUUGCGUGAAGCCGGGGAAAAAAAUGCAAAUAGUGCGAGGCGGAAUUGAGCAUGUCCUUAUCUGAACACAAUCAGGCUUGCCGUCGCCAGAGGGCUGGCUCUGUUCUGCUGCUGGCAGCCACGGCGCUGUGUGUUUUGUUAAAUCAAUGUGAAAGUCUGAGCAGAAUAGGAAAAGAAAUUUUUCAGCCUACAUCAGUGGAACAAAAUAUUCACUAUUAAUAUCCUCCCUCAUCUCAUUAUUCAAACUACAAUUAAUCACAAGAGUGUAAGCAAUGCUCAGUCAUAUCAAGGGCAUGGAUAUAAACCGUCAUGAGUUACUGCUUUCGGUCACGGUGCAGUCAGGCUUUUAUUGCACUUUAAAUCAAUAAUAUUUGGCUCUUUUGGUAUCAAAUCCUUUAGAAUAACAGUAAAGAGUUUAAUCUUUUAUGUUUUGUCACUGCUGUGUGAUAGUUCAGGGCAGGCUGGUUCGGUGGCCUGUCUUCUUGUGCGGCUUUCGUCAUUUUUCGUCCACAACACACGAUUCUUUCCCAGUCCUCCGACUCCCUCAUAGUGACAGUUUCUAUCACUUUCCUCCUCUUCUACUCUUUUUCUGCCGCCCUUUCUGUCUCUCCCUCCCUCUGUCCUUCCCUGAGAUGUUGCCUUGCCGGUGGGCGAUCAGGUCGGAUCAUUAUUUUGAAGCUCAAAUGGGCUGUCUGGACACAGGAUUGGGGGAUGAAUUGUCUCGUAGAGCUGGCAGCGGUAGCAGCAGCUCCAGCAGCCAGGACGGAGCUGUUGGCCCCCGUCUCCCUCUCAUCCUCACCUCAGCGCUUAGGAUUACUCUGUUGUUUUGUGCGCUGCUCAGGAUGACUAAAGUGCCUUGCAGACAGACCCCUGUUAAAAACAUAUCCAUCCAUGGCUUCAGACCUGUGAAGGAUGAGGAGCUACACUUUGAUACAGAGAGCCGCCUGAAGCGGAGCGUCUCAGUAUGAGUUUUGUCAGCUGCAGCAAGAGGGCCGGGAGAGAAAAAGACAGGGAGAAAGGGAGAGAAAAAGGGAAAAAAAGGACCCACUCCCCUUCUUUUCUUCACAUUUUGAAAUCUUAAAUAUUAGACCGUCAGCUUAAGAUGUGUUGCGUCAACGCUCGUCCAGAUGGAGUUGUAUUUGGGUGUCAUUUGCUCGCCUCAGAUGAAGGCGCAGCUUAGAUGACGGGGUGAACCAGAGAGGGAGGCUUUUCAAGGCUAAAGAGUCUGACAGAAGCAGCAGGGUUAAUGAAUAUGCUGUUUGCUGCCAUGCUCUGUUUCUAUACCCAGCAGUGGUCCUGAGAAGAGAAGGGGAAAAUGCAUUUUUAGAUCCCCAGCUCCCAACACCCACUACCACCAAUGAUGCAGACUAUACUAAACAUAUGUUGUUUCCGCAUCACAAACACAGUGUCUCACUUUUCAAGGGCGUUUAGACUUUGCUUUGCAGCACCUCUUUCUGUGCAGUGGCUGUUAGAUAUGUUUUGAUGCAUGCGGUUAUUGUUAGUAAGUUUUGAGUAAGUGCAUUCACUGAAACAAUACCCAUUAGCUAAGACACAUUGUAACUGUGAACGGCAGCAAUGGUAGACUGGGAAUGAAUGAGGCCGUCAUUCUUUGUCACUUUAAAACACUAAUCAGAAAACAGAUUUAUUAAUUACUGAUUGUUUAGCUGCAUUUAGGUGUAACCUAAUUAAAUCUUGUUCUAAUAGGAGCUUAACAUCGGGCCACGAUCCUCAUUAACAUAAAACUCCCUCCAUGUGAGGAAUACAUUAAAAUGCUCCUCGGAUGAUGAUCGUCCUCAUGUUCACUUGCAAAUAUCUUCCCCUCACCUCCUGUCUGCCUCCAAUAGCGAAACCUCCUCCUCUCUGUAUUUGCUAUGGUAGCGGUGAAUGAUGGUGCCAUCUGGUCUUGUGGGAAAUUAGAGGCAAGAGCGCUGGGGCAAAUGGCCCCCAGCAAGCCCUGCCCAGGAGGGAGAGGCAGACAAUCUGCUGCAGACUGUCUGCACACAGGAAUGCACCAUCCCACUUCAGUGGAGCCCUACUCACGGCCUUUCUGGAGUCGGCUCACUGAAACAUGCUAAGGGCUAGCACAGCUCUGCCAAAAGCUACUGUGGAGGAGCUGCAGCAUGGCUAUGCUUUGUUUAUGGAGAGUGUUGUCCUGCUGGUCGGAGGCCAUCACUAAUUCUGGUUUAUUGUUCUCUCCAAAAGAUGUUUUACGAGAUAGUGAGACAUUAAAUGCUGCCCUGUUCUCAAAUUUGUGUCAGUCAGAUAUUCAUCACUUUACAAGAGCAAGGUCAUAUGAUUACAUUAAUAUUUGGUGUAUUUAGCAGGCUCUCUCUUACCAAGUGUGCAAGAGUCAACAUUUGAACAGGUUAGAAGCUUAAAUACCAAGUUUAAAGGUCAAAAACAAGGUGCUAUUACCCCUUUACACUCCUCUGUGAUGGUUUCAUUCAACAGACAAACAGUACAAAAGACUAAAGUGUUAUCUGCAUCACAAAUGUAAACAUAUUUCCCAAAAGCAUUGAAUGAUAUUACAGUAUUUUCAUCAGCUCUCUCAUGCAUGCUGCAGCACACAGUUCGUAUUAGACUGUAGAAAAGGGGUCAAAGAGCAGAAGCAGCCUGAACAUCUCUGCAGGAGUAAUUAGAGGUUAAGUGUCUUGCUCAAGGACACUUUGUCAUUAGUUGCUAUGAGGAAGCCAUCAGGAUACCCUGUAAAUAUACUUCUGCUGUCGUCAUAGUGUUGCACACAACUGUAAGAGUGAAGUGUUUUGUCCGGAUGACCUUGGUGAUGAACUGUGGUGCAGUGAAACUCAGCCUGUUAGUCACACAUACGGCCAAGAGGACCGCACACAUACAUGCAAAUUAAUUGCACUCAUUUCCCUGCUCCUCUGACUAUGUAGGACUUCCACCUGCUGUACGAGGAGGCGCGUUAUUACCAGCUGACACCCAUGAUCAAAGAGCUGGAGCGCUGGAAGCAGGAGCGCGAGCAGCGGCGGAUGGCACAGCCUUGCGACUGCCUGGUAGUCCGCGUCACACCCGACCUGGGUGAAAGGAUCGCUCUGAGCGGGGAGAAGGUCCUCAUCGAGGAGAUCUUCCCUGAGACCGGAGACGUCAUGUGUAACUCAGUCAACGCUGGCUGGAACCAGGACCCCACGCACGUCAUCCGCUUCCCCCUAAAUGGCUACUGCAGACUCAACUCUGUCCAGGUAACACACUGGAAACUCUCUUAUUCUAUUACCCUUCUCUUGUUGUGGCAUACAAACAGCAAAAGUUGUUCAAAAUAUGAUCACAGUUUUCAUAGAUUUUAUGAAUUAGGUAUACAUAUCGCUUUACAUAUUUUGAUCUCAGAGGCUGUAGACAGCCUGGUGUUUUCACACAGUGUAAUAAGACCUCUGGUCUACUCUUGGAUAUUUCAUGUCCAGUACUGGCAGUGUGAUGUUUUUAAGGUUACUAUGGAUACUCUGUCAUCUGCAAACACCAAGCCAAAGUUUGAGUAAUGCGCAGUUGAAAGAAAGAAAACAUCAAAGAUUAUAAACACUGCUUUGAAAAAAAAUAGAGUCAAGAGUGCACCAUUUUAAUGUUUUUGUGAUGCCAUAUGAGAAAAAACAAUGAGUUGACAUUCACUCUGACAGAGAUCAAAACUAUGAAAAUCUAACUCAGAACCAGUCCCAUGUUUGGACCAUGAAAUCUACUGUAGCCUACAUCAGUAAACCUUGCAGAAAUGUGGUUAUGUCUCUCUGGUGCUGUGCUUACAGUCAGACAUACAGUGUAAAAACUUACAGUGAAGUUACUCAUGAAGCUUAUGUCAAUGACCAGUGCGAACAUCAAUAAUUUGCAGCAUGAAUGGUUGAGUUUUUCCUGUAGCAAAUCUGCACUAUGGAUGUGUAAAGUGCAUUGCCAAACAUGGUUUCUUUUUUAAGGUACUGGCUGAUAUAAUCGAAGUGUCAAACAGACUCUUUGAUUUUCUUUAAUCAUAGCUCUCUUUAGUAUCUCACAGUGAAACCCUCGUAAACCUGAUACAUGAUCUAGGGUUAGCGGUAGGGCACAGAGUUCUCAUAGUAACUUUGCUAUGAGUCAGUCAACAUGAUUUGUUGCCUUCUACGCGCUGUGCAUGUUGCAACAGCUAAGUUUUUUUAAAACCUUUGUUUAUCCAGAAAAUUAAUUUGCUGAGCAUGCGAACCAUUUUUCACCACCACCCAUCAACACAUUUACACACCUGGCUGAUGUUUGCUCUGUGCAACACAAGCUUUGAAAAGCUCCUGGCUUUCAAACUGUGUACAUUUGUUGAAGAAGAAAACCCAUUACUUUCUCAGAUCAUAUGUUUUUCAUCAGCUUUUAUUUAGUAGCGCACAGCCAGAGUUGUUUGGAUACAGAUAUCAGCAUCAAACAUCAGCUCUGGAGUGGUCUUAAAUGUGGUGAUGGGAAACAGCAACAGUGCUUCAGUUAGCAUGACUUUUUAGUUUCCAAAAGUCUAGUUGUUUGAGCCUACAAAAGUAUUUCUCCUCUUAGGAUUAAUUUGUAAUCUUGUUGUCACUAUAAGCUUUUUUUUCACAGCCAAAAAGUUUAACGUGUUUUAUGUAAAUCAUCAAAUGAUGAUAGCAAAGACCAACAAUGCUACGCUAGCAGAGAGUGUAAUGCUAGUCUUAGCUAGCUAAAUGUCAGAGGUCUGUGUUUAGCCAUCACAGAUUUAGAGGGAUUUCUUCAUAUAAGAGAUUAAAAUUAUAAAAACUGAUUAUAGCUUUAGUUUCCUGGUGCUGACUUUGUUCUUAGGUUACAAUAUUGAGGCAUUUAACACAAUAUCAUGGUAGCUAUCCUAUCACACCCAUGCAGAGUUACUGAUCUGUUUCAAAUAAUAUUGUGGUCUUCAUUGCGCUGGUGUUGAAGGUUUUAUCCAAUACUCAAGUCCAGGUAGACUAUUGGAGGUAGAUUUAAGAAGGAAAGCUGCAACAUAAUUUCACAUUGUUUUUCUUUGAAGUAGGCUAUAAGCCUAAAAAAAUCACAUUAAAAUGUUGGUGUAAGGCUGUUAGCAUCAUUUGUAACCCUCAGUGUUGCAUUUGAACACCGCAGAGGUUGUAGCCUAAUGUUAUUUUUUGAGGUAGUAGCUGCUCUAAAUGAGCUACAGUUAGUUUUAAAAGAAGUGUUUAUCUAUGACAGGUGUACAGUGAGUUUUCCCUCUGAUUCAGCUCUUUUGGUUGAAGCGUACAGUCAAAUCGUAGCCCAGCAUGCUCUCAGUGGUUCUGACUGCUCAUUAUCUUUCUAUCAUGCAGAAAAUUAAAUAUUACUGAUGUAAUUUUUAAAUUCACCACUUUCAAACAUGUCGUCUGAUAAAAACAAUGUGUUCAGACUUCCAACUCCUUCAAAGUUUAGAAAAAUAGUUUUCCAGUUGUGUUAUCCAGAGAGCUCCGUGAGAGGGAGGAAACAUAACAGCCUCACACCACAGGCUCGAUAUAACACACUCUGGUGCCCACAGCAAUGAACAGGCCAACACAUAGAGGAGCCUUCCCCCCUCCAGCACCCAAAGGGAGCCUCUCCCAGGCAGGCUAGUGCGCUCUGACACCUCCACCUCCCCCCCUGCCAGAGUGAGAGACCACCUCCAGGGAGGAGAGGCGAGCGAGCGGGACAGAGCACGUGUGGACUGCGGCCAUGUUUUUCUGCGAAAAAAUGAAGAAGAGGAAUGGAGAGGGGGGGAAAAUGAUAUGCAUAAUUUACGCUUUACUCCUUUUUAAGACACAGCUCCUUUUUUAAAAAGACUCCAAUAUAACACCGCUCAGGGCGAUUGAAAUACACGUAUUGCAUUUUUUAAUACCAUACUUACAAUUUCUCAAACAGCCUAAACCGGUUUAUACUUCUUUUAUAGAUUUUUAAAUGACUUGCAAUAUAAUUAAUUGGCCGCAUCAACUAACACAACAUUUUCCCACUCUGUUUACCAGUGAGACUGGUUAUGGAGUGUGAGCGCGUCAGACUAACAUGGUCUGAAAUGAGUUUUUAAUGUUUGGGUUUUUAUUGGGCUGCUGUUUGAAGGCGAGCUGAGCUGAAAUCCUCUUUUCAGACGAGCUCCUCAGAGGAAGAGGAGCUGGAUCUUCCAGGUUUCCUGUAAGCGAUGCUCUCUUUUGUCUCACAGUAUGGCCUCUCGACUCUUUUUUUUUGUCUCAUGUUGGCCUCUUUUCAGACACAAAAUUCUGUAAGAAAAAAAGAACAAACACAUACACGCAGCCCAGUAGAGAGGCCCGGCUCAUUGAGUUGAUGUAGAUGAGGACACGAGAAGCAGAUGGAGGUGUUUUUCUGUGUAAGGGGAGAUUUUUCUAAACAACUUACUCAUUCUGUCCUCCCUCUCAUUGUUGCGUGAAGGUAUGAGAAGGUUAGGAAAGUAAUCCUCGUCUUACCCGCCAGACAAUGAGUCUCUGAUCUGAUUUCAGCCCUGGACCCCAACCCAGGGGAACACACACAGAGCCACACCCUGCCCACAGAGGAAGAUCAGGCAGAGACGCACAGUUCUGUCUGGAAGAGGGUAUUUACGACUGGAUUUUGAGGUCCUGACAAGAAAGAGAUGGAUAUGCGACAAAGUUUGAAUAUCCUGUUUUCAAUUUAUGAUGUCACAGGCAGGGAGAAUUCAUUUUGGACUCAAAUGAUUUUAUUGAAGCCAAGGUACUGUUGCCGCCUCCCCCCGGGCUGGAAACUGCUGGACCUUGUGAUAUGUUGGUCACAAUGAGAUAACAUGACAUUUCUCUUCAUACUUUACUGUACACCAGGCACAGCAACCUGGUUUUCCGGUUUAUUAUUCGCUCCUUAUCCGCUGAAAGAUAAAGUAACAUCCCUGAGGUCAGUGAAAUUUGUUAAACUUUGGAGUAAAAUAUCUCAAUUACUCUGUGAUAUUUACAGGAUUUCAAGGAUGCUCUUCUUUGUGGAGCUCCAUUCAAAGAGAACCAUAGCUAACACAUCAUUUUAUCAUCUCGUUUCACAGUAAGAAACAUCAGCAGAGCAGCAAGAUUAUUGUAUAAUUCAUUCAAAGACGAUGAAUAUCCAAAUAUUUUUACAAAUAAUGAACCAUUUUGUUGAUUAUUCACACUAAUACAUUCAAUAAUUCAUGGUUUUAGCUCGUAAAUGUCAGAAUUUGAUACUUAAUGAGGAGUCAUGAAUGAAAAGUCCUGAUUUAUUAAUUGUUUGUUUAACUAAAGAGGUUGUUUGAGGAUGUCCCUUUGGGCAUUAAGAUAUUAUGAUGAGCAUUUUUUAUAAGUCUUAACAUUUUAUAAACUGAAUGAUAGACUGAUCAAGCAUAAAAAACGAUAGAUUUAUUGAUUAAGAGAGUAAUCCGGUGUUGGAUCCCUGAAUGAGGAGAGCAGUACUUACUGUAUCUCAGAAUAAUGUGGCCUCUUUCCUCGUUCAUCUUGUGUUUUCCAAUGUGAGAGAGUGAGAAUAAACAGCCCCACCUUGGCGAGUGAUUCUCCAUGAAGUCAUGAAUGGAAUUUGGGGAAUAAUGCAAACCACCUGCUCUGUGAUGUAGAUCCAGCCGAGAGAAACAAAGAGCAGCAGAGCCACUUAAAGGAGGGAAAACAUUUAGCCAAAGAGCCACAGAGGUGUACACACACGCGUCCCAGAGCUGGAGCCGGCCAGGCUGCUCCAUACAUCACCGUGAUGAAGCACUCAGAUCAGACCCGAGCCAAUCCGUCCUUCAUCAAUGUGACAGCUGAGGCGGUCGUAGUGAGGGCCUCCCUGUCCCCCUGCCGCCCGGCUGGGGAACGCAACAUGUCGCAACACUCUCUUACAUGUCACACUGCCACUCCAUCAAUUCUGAGCCGGGGUAGAGGGAGAAAGCACAGCUCAUCAGAGCAGAUGAGGCCACACAAACACUCCUGCCUUCGAUCCUCAGUGGCACAAUGAGACAUUAACACAGUCUCGGUGUGUCUGUGCGGCUGGGUGCACAGCGUGGAGCUAAGGAUCAACAGGCAGUACUUUAACCUACAUGUAGUGUGCAGAGGAGAGAGACUGGACCCUGCUGCUGCUGCUGCUGCUGCUGCUGACAGCUUCAGCAGCCGGCGCCAGAAAGUGUUUUAAGAAAUGUUGAGUGUUUUCUUUGGACAAGACAUAGCCAGCUUGAGGGAAAAAGACCUUUUUGAGAGUAAGUCUGGCUACAAUCAAUCGCUUUUCUGAUAAACCCAGAGGCAAAAGAUAAUGAAUAGAAAAAAAAAAAAGAAAAUCAUCUGAUACCAAAUUCAGGACACAGUUUAUCAGGAGAAAACAAACUUUAUUUCAAGUCGAGAAAGAUGAAAUAUCUGUUUUUCGCCAUAUUGUUUUCCAGGUAAUAACUAAUGGACAUUUACAGUAAUAACACCAUAUAUUUUUUCUUAAUUUAGAAAAAAACCUGAGUUACAUGGUGCACACUGCCUUUAGUAUUGGUUAGGAUCACAGAGGAUUCAUUUAAAACAGUGAACUGAUGUUUCAGAUUUUAAGUCAGGGAUUCAUUCGUCCUGCUAAAAAGUCAAACAGUGACACAGGUGGCAGGAAGAGGAGUUUUCCUGAGUGCUUGUUGAAUCUAUAUAGCAUAAAUAGACCCCACUCACAGUUUAGUUUAGCUCGGUGAGUGUUUAUGCUGCCCAGUAGAGGGGUUACCUAAAAAUACGUUCAUUUGUAAUCUGUGAGCCCUUUGUCAGCUACACAAACACAGCCACUUAACCCUGUGCUCAAAGCUUAUAGAAUAUAUUUUACUCUCAAAAUGUUUUUCGUCGUUUGUGAAUCCUUAAAAAAGCCGGCAGAUGGCUCAGAGAAUUAGAAAGAGUCAUUCUUCUCGGCUGUUUUGUGCCAGAUGCUUGCGAUAAGUGGAGGAUACGAUGCAGAGACUGCAGUUAGCGCUCCUUGUCACAUAUGAAAGACUCUGCAUAGUUAAACAAAGGCGACCCCCUGAGUGCAGCGCCCAUCACAUGCUCCAGUGUGUGUCUGUUUGAGUGUGUGUCAUACGUGUCAAUCAACUUUAAACCCUGUGCCAUGAGGAGCAGAGUCUUCCAGCGCCUCCUGAGAGGAGUUUGUGUUGCACUCGGGUGGCCAUCAAUAUUGCAUUGUGCUCCGGUUUCCAGCCACGAGAAUCAUCCUCCGUGAUUCCUGCUCGUGUUGGAGGUUAGAGGAGUGACUUUUUGCCUUUUGUGUCCCUGGCUUGAGUGGCAGCUCAGAGAAAUGGUUAAAUGCUGAAUGAAUGUGUGUGUUUGGGAGGCAAAUCCCAGAGCACCGAAGUCGACCCUGUAACAAUGAGAAUGGUUGAUUAUGAUUCAAUUGCUGAGGGAUCACCGGGGAUGAAUAGAUGCUUUAAUUUAUCUUUCUGUUACAAUCACACAGACGGUAGAGGCGUGAAGAAGAGCUGAAGUUCAGGAGGGAAGAAGAAAACUUUGGCACAGAGGUGUCAAAUCCUCUGCACUCUUGUAUCUAGAUUUUUGCAAAAACAAGGUGGUGUAAGGACUGGAUUUGUGUAGCGGUGAUGUGAAAACCUCACAUUUUAUCACAAACAAAUCUGGAGACAAGGGAGUAAACCUCUGAGUUGAACACAAUAAAAUAAAGUAAAAACAACUCGACUUAACUCAACUAAACAAAAAUUGGAAUGGGCGAUUUUUCCCUUUCACGGAAAGCAUGAUGCCUGGAAUGAAACUCGGAGCCAUCAGAUUGCUCUCAUGCAACCCUGCUGUUAGUAUAUUUUGCUAUGGUUUCGCUCAAGUGAGGCAGGAAAGUAAGCAGAGAAAUCUGCAUAAGUACAACACAAGUUUUAAAAGCCUGCAGUCACAAGUAUGUAGAGCUGAACUGAGCCACCAGGACAUGUGUUAGCUUUUUAAGAGGCUGCACUGCUUUCUGCUGUCAGCUGGGACUGAUUUCAGGACAUUGUCCUGUGGACAUUGAAACCUUAGAUUUAUCUUAAUUAUUCUACGUAUUGUUUAUUCCCCUGUGGCGUUAAUUCACUGUGUCAAACUGGAUGUGAAGUUUUUAUGAUGGCUUCUUAUAGUCAUUACAGUACUCUUGAAUCAGUUACAGCUAUCUGUAAUAAUAUCCUUAAGUCUUUUUGUUGCCAGGCAUUAAUGAUAAAAGUGUUUUCAGACUAUCUUUAUUGAUCGGGCCAUUCUCCUCUGUGACCAAAUUCAUUGCCGAACAUGACAGAGUCCCACAUGCGUUAAGAGAUGAUGGGGAAAAAUGCAAUGUGAUGCAAUGAUCAAAGACAGCUAUGUAAUAUCAUUUCCAUAAUCGUUAGGCUCCUCCGUCGUCUGUCAUGGAUUUGGGAGUGUUUGAUGCUUGGGCAGGUCUCUUAAUUAGCCAUCCUCACCAUCAGCUGUCUGCCGCCCCUUCUGUCUCACAAAUUACAGAGUUUGUCGUCGGCGUAUGGCCAGAGGACAAAAAAGGAGGAGGAAAAGGAGGAGGGGGGCAACUUCUCCGAGUGGUCCUUUCUGCUUACAAGCUGCACGUCGGCCCACAUUUUAGUUUUAAUCAGGAUGUUUGCUUUUGAGGGGGGGGGUUCAGGUCUGUUCAACAAGUUUGUGUGUGAAUAUGCAUGUUGGAAUUUGCAUAUUUAGGUUUGCAGUCCUACACAUGCGUUAUCAUGUCAGUCUCCGUGUGUUUUUGUGCACCGUGUAUCUGCUGCUCUCUGUUAAAUGUAGCCUUGGUCAGGGGAGGCUGCAGCCAUGUGACCUGGAGGCCUCAACGCCCCACUUUAGCCCUCCGAAGGGGCUCCUGCUCUUGUAAUUAGAGAGGUCAUCCUUUGCCAUGAGUGUGUGAAAGAGUCUGAAGAAACUGAUCUAUUUUGUGCAAAACUUCUCUGGCUCUGUAUCAGGAGGGGGUGGGGUUAGCCUUCGGCGAGACCUUUCAUUUCCAUGCACUGCACACUCCAUUAAAAAGGACGGGGGAAUAAGUAAAUACACAGCACUCCUCGCACUGGGAUUUAGAUAUACCCCCUCUAUAAAAAAACAACAUCCCACAAGGAUUACAGAGAGAAAAGUGAUCUUGGAGUUCACGUGUAUCUGCAUUUGGUCUAAAGUGUGUAUCAAUGCCCAGACUGGAGGGCUAACAUGAAUCCCCGUCUUCGGUUCCCUCCCUGCAGCUCCGACACUUUGUCCUCGUACCGAUCCGCCAUAUCUCCCCAUCCUCAUUCCCCACACGUCGCUCUCUCUCCCUCGCUCACGGACCUCACUUCUCCUCUCACCCCAGCCUCAUUACUCAAAUUAGGAGCUUCAGUAAUCACCACGCUGAGCUCCACUCAGCCCCUUAACACACCUCACUCACACUCGGUUCUCCUCAUCCCUUUGAGCUCAUGGCCUUCGGUUCAGUAGCCAGUCCAGAGAAAGCAGCAUGAAUAUUGCAGAGGUGGUGUGAUGUCGGAGUACCCUCUGGUUUUAUUCCAUCACUAUGUGUGAUUGGAGGAGAGGGAGGUUAAUGACACAUGGUGUAUGUCGAAGCAGAUGAGGAUCUGAGCUUGACACCAGAAUGGAUAGAUAUCAAAUAGUGAUACCUACCAUAGCUUUACAUUUAGUUUGGUUGCACCAACCAUCUUAAAAAUCCUGGUCAUGAGAUCAACUUUUGUUAAUUCAGGCUGAAAAAUGAACAGAUUGUGUUUUGAUUUAUCUAGUAAAAGUCUGCAUGUGCAGUAAAGUACUAAACACAAACAAACUUUGUUUUAUCUGGUUGAUCCAAAGCUAAACUACCAAGUCAGGUUAGCUAGCGGCAGGCUAGUGCAGCAGCAGGAGUGUUUUUAGUUCUCUAAUCCAAACUUUGGCAAGAAAGACGAGUAAUAUGACCGACAAAACACUAUACACAAAGAAUUUUAAAAAUGGAGGGAAAACUAACAGGUUAGUGAAGAAACUAGUAGAAAGUCUGACUGAAUUAUCUUGAUGCACGUCCACUUUCAUUCAUAAAAUGAUUCCAAUACUCACAGGUCUUUGGUCGCUCUGUUUAUUUUACAGAUUGCGGGUUCCAUUGAGCUCACAACUCAAAAACUGAACAAAAUAUCAAAAAGGUGUUCAAUUCAGCUCCCAUUUCACAGUGAAAAAACAUUUGCAUAAUGCUUGUUUCAACCUGGACCAAACAAAAAACUAACCUGUACACCUGUGCUGGCUGACAUAAAAAGAUUGCGACUCCACCCAUAACCAAACAUUUUCUGGACAGGCAUAUCUGAAUCUAUUAAUUAAUAUAAACAACCCAUUUUAUUACUUUUGAAUCACAUAUUUACAUGAAUUUGGGCCUUACAAUUAAUCAUCUAAAACUGAGACUUUUAUUUGUUUGCUUAAAAAUUAGAUCUUGACAUAAACUAAAAAAAAUGGCUUCUACAAAGGCCAAAAGACGGAAUCUAUGGUCCGAGUUUGAUCUGCACUCAUUGGCUGGUUUCUGUCAAUGUAGAAGUCUACAAACAUCCUGUCCCUCACGUUGCCCUCUUCUCUGUUUCUUCCCUGUGUUCAGGUUUUGGAGCGUCUCUUCCAGAAGGGUUUCAGCGUGGCGGCGUCUUGUGGGGGCGGCGUGGACUCGUCUCAGUUCAGCGAGUACGUGUUGUGUCGUGAGGACCGACGGAGUCUCUCCAUCAACACUCCCAUCAGGAUAAAACAGGAACCCCUGGACUAGAGCGUUCUGGGAGAGGGACUGCCAACCAAACCCUGAUAAUCCUUCCAUCUUCUCACAACAACCAAACCAUACCUACCCCUCCCUCUGCCCUUCAAGGACCACGACCACCCCCCAGAUACCGAAGUAUUAGCAGAGGCUUGUUAACCUGGCCAGCUCUGCAGAACUCUAAGGGGAAUGUAGAACCAAAUAAAGGAAAAAACAUCAGCAGCAAAGAUUUCUAAAUAUGUUAAAUACGACCCAAAGAAUCUGGGACUCUGACGAAAGGAAAAACAACGACAAAUGGACUCAACAGCAGCUUACUUGAACCAUUUUAGCACCAAAACUGGUUGAUUUUUUUUCCUAAUUUUAUUAUGAAAGAGACAUUUUGACCUUUUUGGAGACAUAAACGCCGAUUCUUAAAAUCCCAAUUCACUAAUCCCCCCCCAAAAAACACACAAAGCCUCAUCUUUCAGCAGUGUAUCUUCCAGUUUUGUUUCUAGAUGAAGCCCAUGUCGCGUGUGAGAGGCCUGCUUUGGGAUGAAGAAACUGUGACGGACUUUAGGCUGGUAGAGAUGACAGGAAAAGGACUUAAUCCCAUUUUGUGAGUCUCUCAAAAGGCCCCCGAUUCUUGAACCCUUCAAGCCCGUCUCCCCUCACUCUACUGUUUUUUUUUUUUGUUGUUUUGUUUUUAUAGAGACGGGCCUUGCCAAAAAACAGCAUUGUUUGCCAAACUGAUUGUUUAUUACAAUUUUCAUUGUUGUUUCUAAAGUAUGUUCUUCUUGCUCCUUUUGCUGUUCUUAUCAUGACAUGGUGUAAACAAUUAUUAUUAAUAGGAUUAUUUUUAAUGUCUCUUUUUUCCUUUCUCCAAUAUGAAGGAUGUAUGAACGUUGUAUUCAUUAGGCUUCGAGAGCCUGUGAGGGAGCGUUUUCUUGGCAGUAGCUGCAGAAACUCGGAUGUCUGCAGGCUAUGUGGCUAAAGCGAUCUGGCUGGCAAUGCAUUCAGAGCCGGAAAAAGUCCCAUUGUUCAAACCGGGAUGGAAGAAAACCUGGAUGUUUUGACAUUGUCUCUUGUCAAAUGUGAAGCACACAUUACAAAAAAAGUGCUCUGUAAAAUUUCUGCUUAUUAGCUCCCAAACAUAUCUGGGGUGUCUGAUUGGAUUCUCUCUCACGAGCACAAACCUUUGUUCAUAUUUAGUAGACGCUUAAGAAAGUUCAUGAAAUUAAAAUUCAGGUUGAAGUUGCACAAGCUCCCAAAGUGUAUCGCAGUUUUGUUGAGUAAGAAUGUUAAAGACUUGAGGACUAAUGUGGAGAUUUGAUGUUUACCAGUAUGUCUCGUGAGAAGCCUGAGAUGUACUCUAAAUGCUUCACGUUUCUUUGCACUUAAAUGUUUCCUGCCCUGUUUGAACCCUGUGACCUGUGCCGAGUCGACCUGUUCAACUUCAGGUGAAAAAUCAAAAACACUUCAAAGAGUCAAACUAGAACAAAUACUUGAGGUUAUCAGAGGAGGGUAGGUGCUUAUUCUGUUGAUUGUACAAACGUAAAAGCAUAAUCUCCUUUUAGGUUAAAGCUAAAUAAGACACAAUAGAGCUGUGAAGGGCACCAGCACUCGUCCCCUCCGGCCUCCAGUCUUGACAGUUUAGUUGAGAAUAGCUCACAGUACCUUCACACAAAGUUUAAAAGACAAAGUCUCUGUUUGCUCUCAUAUUGUCACUCUAAGCUGAGAUGAUUUCAAUGCUUCUUCACAUGUAUGUAUGGCAGAACCCAGUGUGAACUAUACUCCCAGCAUCAGAGCAUUGUUCACAAAGAGGCGAGUGGGUGGCAUUUACUCCAUCCUGCUCUCAUUCUUUUGGUCUUAUUCUCAACAUUUCUGGAUCAAAGACAAAAACAAGAAAGGCCAAGUUUUCAUGCUUUAUAUUUGUGUGUAACUUACAGAUGCUGUUUCUUCCAUUCCAGCAGACUGAUAACAAAGAAAAGCCCAUUCUGAUCUCUGCAGGCUCUGGCAGUUGUUUGACUGUAACAGGGGGUUGUUUUUUAUAAACUAGCUGUUCAUUAAAAAUGGCUGGUAGUUCUCCCUGACCAUAUUGUCUUGAUAACUGCUCUCCCCGGAUGGCUGCUGAUUAAACAAGGCCAAUGAGUGGAUAAAGAUGAGCUCGGUGUAGCUCCCAGUGCAGCGCCCUCUUACCCGUGGGGGGGGGUCUCUCUCACAAUCAAGCCCAUCUUUGUUCUGACCUGCCAGUGGCCUGCGCCUUUGCAUCCAGUCGCCUCAAAGGGAAUGGUCAACCAGGCCUUUCAUGUGUUGAGGCAUGUUGGGCUCUUCACAGUGCUCCUCAUCGUCCCCCCCCACUCUGCCCCCCAGCUCAGCAGUGCCAGUAGAAACCCGGGCUGCACCCCCUGCUGCUGUGUCAUCCCCAUGCCCUGGUUUUCUAAAGCGCCCUCCAAUGCUGUGGCUCGAUGGACCACACCGCAACAAACCAAACAAACUGAUGAGUCAAAUGUGAGUGUACUGAGAACACACUGUACAGCCAGGAGACUCUGCGGCUGCUGAUCCCCAGAUCUUUGAUCCAGUUCAUGUGAGGUGUGGAAACUCAUCUGGGUUAGCUUUUGAGGAAACGGGAGUAAAAAAAAAAAAAUAACCAGCGUUGUACUCCAGCCACACAUCUGCAAGAGUUAAUUUCUUCAGGGAGUAAGGGAAGAAGGCAUUUUUUCUCACUGAUGUGGCAUUUGGAAUCCCAAACGGGGCUUUUAACGGCUUUACAGAGCUAAGGGGUUAUGCACUCAUGAUUAAAAACAAAAAUGACCGAUCAAACCUGCUCUUAAAAGUUUAAAAAAAAAGAACAAAAAGUACAGGUUUGGCUUUCUUUGUCUGCUGUCAGCAAACCUGGCACACCCCUUCUUACUCUACACACAAGUUACAGGUUAACUACAGAGCUAGACGGGACUGGAAACUCCACAGGCGUGUCCGCACGUGCUGCCGUUUCAGGUGAAGUACUGGUCAGUGUUUCAGCCACUUCAUAUGGCAUUCACUUCCCCUCUGAGGCGGAUCCAGUUGUACAGUUAUUGUAUAUUGAAUUAUCAGGACUCUGGGUUUUAAAGGACCCGCGUGUUUUUAAAGAGACCUCUCAGUCCUCUUCACGAAAAGAAUGAGAAGAAAUUCAAAGCAUUACAUUGUGUACAUAUGGAUUAAAACAUUUCAAAGGGUAUCAUAAGGUGCAAAUGUAUAUUAUUUAAAGUGUUUAAAACAAUUAGACUGUGGUAUUAAAGGGCAUGUGUUCAUUUACAGUGUCUCCGUUUGACUUUUCUUGCAUAUUUGCGAUAAUAAAAGGAUGUACUGUAUCUCGGCUGUGUGUCUUAUUGCUCCUGUGUUGUUCUAUUGAGCUUAAAAAGUCACCUCACUUAUGCAACAACCCACUUCUAAUAGUACUAUUAGCGGUCUUAAAAGGCGUUUAUCAUAGAUAACGCUGGCUGCAAACGUUGAAGUCUGAACGUUGCUUUUGUUUUCUCUGAUCUGAUCUCUGUGGCCUGUAACUGAACUGAUGAGACCUGAUAAAUUUCUCCAGCUUACUGCGCCGGAUCAGGGCAUUUUUCCACUUCCCAGUUCAUGUUUGUAGAGUAGAGGUCAUCUCUGGGGCUAAAUCCAGAUCAGCAGUCUUCUUCUCUCUUCCUACUGAGGAGUAGGGCAAGAUCUUGAAAAACCAAUACGCUCCCAAACCCCAAU